AUGGCCAUAUUCCCCCAUUACUAUGUAAAUUCUCCAGAUGUCCGAGAUCCAGCGAGUUUGCAAGUGUUUACACCCCCUCUUUCUGGAAAAAGCCGACGUUACCCACAUCUGGGGCUGUUGCCUCAUGAGGGCGAGGCACACGAUGGCUGUCUCGGCAUCGGACAGAAUCGGGUUCCGCUAAUAGACCAGAAUGAGGGGAAUGAGGGGAAGAUUGAUCAGGAAAAGGUUCCCACUGGAUAUCCCCUUCCUAAUAAUUUUCCGGUGCCCCAGACUAGGAAGUUUAGGUUCCCGACGGUCCUGAGAAUGCUGGUGCUGCCUUUGGUGUUCUUGAGUUUCGCCGAGUUGUUGUAUGAGGGCGUUGUUGACAGACGAUUCUGCCGAUCCGGUCGUGAUGAACGGGUCGAAAAGGAUCUCAGAGCUAGAGGCACCCAUUUGUUGACGGCGAGCACGAUUCUCGAGCUAGCCACUGAGCUCAGUCUGAUUGUGUACCCGACAUCAUCAUCAUCCCCCCCACCUGUCCCCCAACCACAAAUACUGCCUACAACUUACAAAAUGGGUCGAGUUCUCUUGACAGGUGCAUCUGAAUUCAUAGCUGCUCAUGUGCUCGAUGAGUUCCUAAAGAACGGGCAUUUGGUGCGCUUUACCGUGCGGACUCUGGAGAAGGCGGAUCAGACUCUACAGGCGAAUAUGAAAUACAAGGAUCAGUUGGAAGGGGCGUACGAUGUCGCUCUUCAGGACAAAUCCCUUGAUGGGGGAACGCGGGGCAUCCUAGAAGCUAUCGUUAGGUCAGGCCCCGGCCAAGUUGAGACUAAAUUGUAUAGUGGGUCCUACUUGUGCCACCCCAAAACCCUGCACACUGAAAGAACUGUCUGA